AUGCGUCACGCUCUGAUCCUUGUGUUUGUGUGCGGUCUGCUGAUCGCCUUUGCCUCGGCCGGAUUGCUGGGCGGAGGCGGCGGCAGUGGCGGCGGUAGUGGCUACGGAGGUGGUGGUGGUGGUGGCCAAGGAGGCUGGCAAAACGGCGGAGGUGGUAAUGGUGGUGGCUAUGGCGGAGGCGGUGGCCAUGGACAGAAGAAGAACGGCGGCGGCGGCGGCCAAGGAGGCUGGCAAAACGGAGGUGGUGGCCAAGGAGGCGGCGGCCAAGGAGGCUGGCAGAAGAAUGGAGGCGGAGGAGGCGGUGGGCAAGGUGGAUACGGAGGCGGCAACCAAGGUGGCCAUGGAGGCGGUGGUGGACAGGGAGGCUAUGGCGGCGGCCAAGGUGGCCAUGGAGGUGGCAGCAAGUCCCUGGCCGGUAAUCGUGGCAGCUCCAUUUCCUGGCAGGGUGGUAAUAGCGGCGGUGGCAAGCAUGGCGGCGGCGGCGGUGGUGGUGGCGGCGGCAAGUAUGGCCCCGGCGGCGGCAGCGGAGGAGGUGGUGGCCACCACGGCGGCGGCGGCUGGUAA